AAUUAAUUACGUCACAACAAUGAUUACUGAUGUGUGUGAGCCCCCAGAAGUCGUCCUACGAUUUAUGCAUAGUAAAAUUAAUAUUUUACCUUAGUCGUGUGCUUGUUAUCAAGUGAUAAACUCGUUUUUAGACAUUGUUGAGAAUAUUGUUUGGCCAAAUAAUUUAAUCUUUAGCAUUGAAACGACAAGUGUUGUAACUUGUAAUCUGUGGUUGUAAUAGUAGGAACUUAUUGAAUAGAGUACCUAUGUAAUCCUUACAGAGUGAACCAUGAAAGCUAAACAGCUAAAUCGAGCUAUCAUAACGAUAAGCUUAAUCGGCGUGCUGCUGUCCACAUACGCGCUGUACGUGGAACUGCUCGCAGAGCUGAGGCCGGGGUAUAAGGCGCUUUGCGAUAUAAGCGAGCAUGCCAGCUGUUCCAGAGUCCUUACCUCUAAGUACGGGAAGGGCCUGGGACUCGUGCCCGAAGACUCCCCCUUCAAAGUGCCGAAUUGUGUAUACGGGAUUAUCUUCUACUGUAUUAUUAUACUUUUGACUACGUUUGACCAGGUGUAUAUGGUACGGCUACAGCUCGGAAUUUCUGCAGUCUCCCUUCUAACCUGUGUCUACUUAGCCUACCUGCUGAUAUUCGUGCUGAAGGACUUUUGUUUAGUUUGCGUCACUACCUAUGUUCUAAAUAUUGCAAAUACAUUGCUUUUAAAGAAAAAACAUUCCCUUUUAGCUUUAAAAAAUAAAUAAACUGCUAUUGGAAACUCAAAUUCAUAAUAAUUUAUUUAUUUAAAAAGUUCUAAAUUAUUAUGGCAAAAUGUUUUUCUGCCAUCUGUUGUCGAAUGUCUGAGUUAUUUGAAAAGUGACAUCUAGUGACGAGUAGUUGAAUUUCAUUUUCCAAUAUUACUAAUAGAUGGCGAUAAAAAAAGCUUCAACUUUUAAGUUUGAACAUCGAAAUUAAUAUUUUACGGUGAUUUAAAAUAGAAUAAUUAAACAUAAUACAAUGAA